AUCAAAGAAAUAGCCUUUCUUCCUCUCUCUCAGAUGUUCCCUUGGUCUGCUAUGUUCUCACUGGAGCCAAAGGUGCCUGGCCAGCGCACUCCGGAGGAGCUGGUCACAAACACCCUGAUGUUGGAACUGGGUGCCAUGGUGAAGCGUACUGAACGUAUCUGUUUGGAGAGGGCCAGCGAGGUGCGUCGCAGUAGCAAAUCCUCAUCCUCACCAGACUACAGCUGGCUGGCUGGGCCUCGACCCCAUGUACCCUACGAGCUCACGCCUAGAGACGUGGUGGACUUGCAGGAGCUCUGUUCACGGAUCCCACCUGCACAGUGUGGUCCUGUCAUUGUCAGAUUUCGUAAUCUAGUGUCUGAGAUUGAGCCCGAAGUGCACGAGGUCCCUCAGCUGUUCCGCUCGGUGCUGAGGGCCUGUCUGGAUGAGGAGCAAGCUGAUGAAGAGCUGCAGGUGCGCGCAGCCCAUUGGGAGAAGCGGCGCAGUAAGAGCCUUUCAUUUGUCACCUUCCGAUCCAAGUUCCGUGCGCUUAGCCGUGGCGUGGGCAGUUUCGGCGGUUCUCGUAGCAACCUGCAGGAGGAAAACACAUGGUCUGAGGAAGAAGAGGAUGAAGCGGUGGAGCAGGCGAUAUCAGGGGCGCCACGGCCGAGAAGAGGGAGGAGCCACAGCAUGCCAGAAAUAAUCCCUACAAAUGGCUCUGCUUAGAGCUGCAGAGUGAGGAGCAAGGGAAUAGGGAACAGGGCAGUGUGGAGAGGAGAAGGGAAGGAUGGACAUCUAAGAGAGUAGCAAAGUGUGUACGAGAGCUUGUGCUUACAUUGUUAUUCACACUACUAUCUACUUAUACCAAAGAUCAAAAGUAUGAACAGUUGAAACCUAGUGACUUUUUGCAUAUUUUUUUUUGAAGAUUUGUUUAUAAUUACUGUACAUAAUUUCCAAAGUUUCACAUGAAUAAAACUGCUUCUACCACAGCACUGUUGAAUCCUCAAAUCUGAUUGGUCAGAAGGUGUUGAUUAAUUUUCUACAACAGCAACUCUGAACAUAGUGCCUGCUUCCAGGCUAAUCACAUGUUUAUAUGAACAUGCUUAUUCUAACACCUUAUCAUUCUACAUGGUAGUAGCUCAUUCACAGGGACUUGUAUGGCAGACGCACCACAUAAUCUAACGUGUAAUAAUAAAUGAAUGCUGUUAUUGGAAAACUUCAGGCUGUCACACUACUCCGUUUGUUUUUCCAUCACUUAUACUGUCCUAAGUGUUUAUGUAUAGUUUGUGUCAAGUUUAUGUCCUGAAUGCACAGCAAAGUUUAUAAUGUUAAACUACAUAGGUGAACUGAUGAAUUUCCCUACAAAGAAAAAUAAUCCAGGUUUGUAAAUGUGUUUUUAAUAUGCAGUUCCUUUCCAGAAAUCAGUUACUAUGUUCAGUUCUUACUUAGCCAAGUCAUUCAGCUCAAAAAAAAAAAAAAAAAAAAAAAAAAAAAAAAAAAAAAAUCAUGAAACAUACAUGAUUUAAAAAAAAAUAAUAAUAAUUGCUCAUUAAAUAAUAUGCUGUACACUGGUGUAUACAGAUUGAAUUGUCUAAUGAAAGCACUGAAUGAGAAACUGAAGGUUGAAAUACUUCACAUAUGCUCAUGUUAAUAUCUAUUGAUGCCUUAAUCUUUUAAUAUUUACUGCUGAGUUUGUUCCUCAUAAUAUAAACGUGGGUAUCUUACAAACUCUGCAUUCAUAGUGACCGAGGACCCUAAUGUAGCUUGAUCCAAAGCUUUACAAUUUCACAUUACUGUUUUAAAAGUCAUGCUUUUGUUUUGGUUCACUUUAAGGUUAACUCACAACUCGUCAACACUAAAAACAGUCUUCAUUUACACUAUGCAAAAGCAUAAAAUCAUGAGACAAGAGUACCUAGCUUGUUAUAAGCUUUGGGAAACACAAGUUUGGAAAAUAAGGAACUCUUUCAACAAUUUACAGUAAAAAGCCAUUACAAGGCCAUUAUUAGUUUUAUCAAAGGACUAAUUCUCCUUUAUACAAACAGGAGACAGACUGACAACCAUGUAAGUUAGAAUAUUUAGCAUAAGGAGACCUGUACAAGUGAUCAUAUUAAUUUAGG